AUGAAGUCGGCGCUCUCCUCGCUGCUCUCGCUGCUUGUGCUGCUGGCGUGCUGCGUGUUCCGCGCGACGGCGGCCAGCGACAAGCCGCUCAAGCCGUGCACCGUCGUAUCGCCGACGACGGAGCGCUUCUUCGACCUCAGCGGGCUGCGGCGCACGCUGGCCAAGGACGGCGACAGGAAGAAGGAGGCCGACGAGGGCAGCUGGCACGCCAAGGGGUACGACUACGGCGCCAACUUCACCAUCAACUUCUGCGGGCCCGUCGUCGAGGAGCUGCGCGACGUGCAGGACCUGGACGAGAAGCUGUGGCGGAACGUGAGCGCCUUUUACGAGCGCGGCGACCGCCAGUAUGCCAUCGGCCUCGAGAACUCGGAGCCCAUGUUCCGCGGCAAGAAGCUCAUCCUCAACUACACGGGCGGGUCGCUGUGCCCGUCGCCGAGCGGCCCGAAGCGCGCGCCCCACAGGGACGGCGAUGACAAACACAGGGACGGCGACGACAAGCACAGGGACGGCGACGACGGGCACAAGGACAAGGGCAAGCACGGCGGCGACAGCCCGACACGUCGCAAGACGACCGUCAUCUCGCUGCUGUGCGAGUCGGACCCGCUGGGCAAGAGCAGCAUCUCGUUUGUCGCCGCCGUCGACGACUGCACCUAUUUCUUCGAGGGCCGCUCGCGCCACGCCUGCGGCAUCGUCCACGCCGACGCCCAGACGCUGUCGCCCGGCGGCGUCUUUGGCGUCAUCGCCUUCAUCGCCGUCGGCGUCUACUUUGUCGGCGGGUGUGUCUACCAGCGCACCGUCAUGCACCAGCGCGGCUGGCGCCAGCUGCCCAACUACGCCAUGUGGGCCGGCAUAUGGCGCUUCUUUGCGGACAUGUUCAUCAUCCUCACCUCCUCGUGCGCCCGCUUCAUGCCCUCGCGCCGCGGCUACAGUCGCCUGACCCUGGGCCCCGACAGGGACACCCGCGGCCGCGGACGCCGCGACGAGAGCGAGAACCGUCUGAUCGACCAGCUGGACGAGGAGUGGGACGACUAG